AUGAUGUCAUUUUGUCUGUUUCUUUCUACGCUUUAUGUACUUUCGCUGGAGUAUUUAGUAGAAUCAGUUAAUAAGGAUUCAUCUUAACCUUAGUUUAUGUAGAAGGUUGAUUUGUUCUUCAUACAUUAAUCAUCGCCUUGUUUGUUGACUGGGUCAAUAGCUUGUCAAAAGUGCGUCAAUUUUGUGUGUUCUUCUCAUUAUGGUCCCUGGUAGUUCCAUUAGUGUGUGGUUGUUAUGUAAGAGUUUUAUUUAUAAAAUUUAAAUCAUCAAGUUUUUGGCUCUGCAACUAUUUUAUUGUUUAAAUUAUCAUUAUGGAGUUAACUCGGUACGAUAACUUAAAGACAACGCUGCGCCAACUUUUAACCGGUGAAUUGCACAGAAUGUCGUGGAAUGAUAUGGAUGAGGUAUUUCCUGGCAUAUUCCUCGGUGGGGUGGACGCUGCAAAAAAUGCAGAGAAAUUGAAAAAACUUGGUGUAACACAUGUCGUCAAUAGUUCAUACACAACGAAACCAACCUUUUCCGCACUUGGGGUCGGGACCAGUGAAGAAUUUUAUCAGCGUCGUGGUUUCGAGUGUCAAUUUCUCGGGUUGCCAGCAGUGGAUAUUUCAGGGUUCAAAAUCAGCCAAUAUUUCGACAAAGCGACAGAUUUUAUCCAUUCGGCCGUUGAGAAUAAUGGGAAAGUCCUGGUGCAUUGUUUUAUGGGAGUUUCGAGGUCCGCCACUUUGGUCUUGGCGUACUUAAUGCUCAGACAGAACAUGACAGCCCCACAGGCACUGACACAUGUCCGCUCAAAAAGGUUGAUUCAUCCUAACGAAGGAUUUCUCGAUCAGAUUUGCCACUUGCACAAACGCUUAUACGAGUAUGACCCGAGAGCGACAAUUACAGAAAUUAAUGAUGAGGACAACAACGAGAAAGAGAAUGGUCAGGUUAUGAGGUUACAAUAAAAGUUGGAUUCCUUGAUCAUUAUUUCUUUGUAUAUAACUCUGUAAUUACUUAAAUAAAGUUAAAGAUAAGAGACAA